AUGUCAAUUAUUAAAAAUAUCUUAAACCUUUCUUUCAAUAUUACAAUGAAAAAAAACUCGAAUGAAAUAUAUACCGCCUCUCAAAAUAGUAAUAUGUGUGACCAUUACUCGAAUAUAUCAAUCACCGAUGCUGGAAAUAUUAAAUUAGUAUAUACACCAGUCAACAAUAGAUAA